AUUGCAUUUCAAAAAAUAUUCAUCCAUUCAAGAAAGAGAAGAGUACUGAGUGGUACUGGUGUGCUGUGAAGAAGCUUUCAAUUUACAGAAGCAAAACCAGAGUAGCCUCUCUCCCGAUCUGGUUUGGUUUGGUUUGGUUUGGUUUGCCCCGAUUCGAUUCCUCAUCCCCACUAGAUCUAAUCAUGCCGUCAGGUGCGAAGAAGAGGAAAGCAGCAAGGAGAAAGAAGGAAAAGGGUGUUUCAAAUCCUCCUCAUGGAGUUGGUGAUUUGAAAGUUAGCUCCCAAAUGUCUGGGAACAGUGAUGAAUACCAUUCAAUCACAGAAGGAGAAAUUGAGAAGAAGAACAAAAACCCAUCUUCUGUUCGAUCUGAGAAUGAAAAUGUGGAUAAAGUUCAUAAGAGUUCUAGUAGCAGUUCAAGCAGUAGAAGUAGUGGUACUAGUAGUGGAAGUAGUUCUGAUGAUGAGUCGAAUUCAAUUGAGAAAAACAUAGUGAUGAUAGAAUCAAAUGAUCCAAUCAUACCUCAAAACCCGUCUGAUCUUCCUGAACUACUACUGGGUGUAGAAGAUUCUGCUGUUGCUUCUGCUGCUGCUGCUGCAAUCUUGGAAGUUACAGUAACACCAUCUUCAACUGUUGAUUUAGUGGUGCCGCCAUUUCAGGAUCAUAAUUCACUAGAAAAUGAGAAGGAGAAGAAUUAUGCUGACCAGAUUGAUCUUGAAGAAGGAGAGGUGGGUAAUAAUUUGGUUACGGAUCCUUCUUCCUCCACUUCUAUAAACCAAAAUAUAUUGGUUUCAUUGGUAGAGGAGGAGAUGGGUGAAGAAAAAUAUAUUGUACUUGAAGAGAACACCGCCACCAAUACAGCUACUGAAUCUAAGCUGAAAAUUGAUCAGUCUGUUUCAAACACGAUUGAAACUUCUUCUCGGGAGCACAAAGGAAAAGAUUAUCAGUCCACUGUUAUAGCUGGAUCUGUUGAAAGACAGCAAGUGGAGAAUUCACCUCCGAAAGUGUUGCAAAGAACUUCAUGGGCAAGUUGCUGUGGACUGUUUGAGCUAUUCGGCGGAUCAAAUAGAUAAUGAUGCUGGAAACAAAAGCAAGAAGAAUUGGAUGUACAAGUCAUCGAUCGAGUGAAGGAACAACAAUCUGCUGCUGCUUGUCUUCUUUUUUUGGUAGCCAAUAGUGUUUAUAUGAAAGGCUUUGCUCAAGCAAUCAUCUUAUUUACUACUUGUUUUUUUUGUUUUUUUAUUGUAGACAUUUUGUUUCUAUUAUUCGUUCGCUUGGUGUGUUACGAACUUACGAUUAUCAUUUUACUUACAAAUGGAUUGCUGUAUCGAUAGAAAUAUGUACGUGAUAUAGAACUAUGGUUUGAUCUCGGAACAUUCGAUGCUUGGCAUGUCUCAAUUAAGUUAUGGUUAUUUUACU